GAGAACCAGCAGAAGGAAAGGAAAAGUUAACACGCUGAGUAGUCAUGAUAAAGUCUCAGCUUUCAGCAGAAUCAGUAGAGUUAGACGAUAAAUAUUAAAAAUAAAUUUAUUAAUUGAGUUAUACACAAAAUUAAUUUUGUAUUUUUAAUUGACGAUAAUUAAUUAAAUAUUAUUUUUACGACUGGAGCAAUUUUUGAUUCUGAAAGAGCAUUUAGAGAGCAAUUUUUUGGUAUAUCGAUAAUUUUCAAAAAUCAAACUUCCGCGCUAACUUAGUAGUAGUGAGAUAGACUUUUGGACGCUUGUUUCCUUGUUAGAAGUCGUUUUUUUACUGAAUGGUGGGAGUAUAGGAAUUGAAUAGUAACACAAAGCAACCAAAGAGAACAUUGUCCAUGAUAUUGUAGUUUACACAACCACUGUUGUUGCUUAUGGAUAGCGGUUUCAGGUUAAAAGAGGUUUUAUUCCAUUGCUUUGUUAUGUAUCAUAAUUGAUCACUGCUAAAAAACUAUAUCAACAGCUCACUGCCUAUUAUAAGAGAUGUGUUGUUUAGAUUAGCAUAAAUAACAAAUGUAUUUAACGUAUAAAAAUGAUAAUAAGAACGAAUUCUGAUUAAUUAAUUGGAGAAAAUUAAUUUACAUCAGGCCCCUGCAAUACAUCAGCAAUACAAGUACUAAAAAGAAUGUCACUUGGACACUGUUUUGUAAAAAUAACGGACUUGCAAGUUGAACACAAGCUCAAAGGAUUUAAAGUUACAGAUGCAAAUAGAACACGAAAAUUUGGAAUCGCUUGUCGAAGUUUUCAAGAACUUAAGCAAAAAGCUUGUACAAAGUUUAAUGUAACUAAUGAUAUAGCAGAGAUCAAUAUGUAUCUUGUAGAUGGAUCAUUAAUUGAUGAAGAAUAUUUUUAUACACUGGAUCCUCAAACAACGCUAGUGCUUCAAAAACCUGGUGAAAAAUUGCUUUCGGAUGCAGAUUUACUUUAUGAAACCCUCAAAAAAGUCAAUAUUGAUUACCUUACGGUAGCUGAUGAAGCUUCCAAGUUUUUAUCAGAUAAUCUGAAAAAAAAGGUCGCCAUGUUGAAUAGUAUAUUAAAUAGUGAUAACUCUAAAACAAUCUUCAGCAGAAGAGAAGAUCAUCCGGAAUGGUUUGAAGGUUCGGAAAGCAAUGUCGUAACUAAGGAAGCAUAUAUGCAUCGCAGAUGUCAAGACAGAAUACGCGGUUACUUAUAUAAGACAAUUGAACAAAUAAAGGCAUCUGAAACAUGGAAAGUCAACCAAAAAGCAAGAUUACGAUUGCAUUGUAUCAUUGAAUAUUUUAAAUUACAACUAAAAGAAGAUCACUUUUUUGGGUACUAUUUUGAUCGAAGUCGUAGUUCUAAAAGUAAAUUGAACGAUGGUUUAGAUGCAGCAGAUGGAGCUUAUGACAAGUGUUAUGACCACUGUCCUUGUAAGCUCACAAGAUUAGGAAUAGAGGAAGAGACCAACGACAAAAUAACUUCCGAAGACGAAAUUGAUGCUAAGAAAGUAUCUUCUAAUAAGAAACUUGCAAUUGAAAAACUGGAAGUUAAAGGGAAAAAAAAGAUGCCAUAUGAAAUAUUCUUUCGAGGGGAAGAUGAUCAAUUUGCCUUUUGUGAUGCAACUGGAGAAUUUAAAUGUGAAGGUCUUUGGAAUGCAGAACAUUGUGCUUAUGGAGAAAAACAUAAAAUCAAUCCUUAUAGAUCGCGCGAAGAAUUGAUUCUUUUUUCGACGUGGAAUUUGGAUCAUAAAAUUGAAAGAUCACGUACGUUAGUGCCGCAGUUAAUAAAAUCUUCCGAGAGAGAUCUCAUUAAGAAUUCUGAUGUUUAUGAAUAUUAUCAAAAUUUAUUUACUAAUAAAAAUUUAAAUCUUGUCCACAUUGUAUGUCAUGAUAAGGGAUCACACACGUAAACAUGAUGGAAAUACAUAAGAAAAAAAAGUUCUAUAUAUAUUUAUAUAUACAAACAUAUGUGAUUAAAUUAAUUGCUAAAAUUGCAGCAAUAUUUUUUAAAUACUUCUA